CUUGUUGUUGGAACUUGGGAGAGGUUUUGUCAUGUUUUCCACUUAACUUUGUAAGAACAACGUUUUCGAAGAAGGAAAACAAAAAAAAAGGUUAUCACAUCUACUCGGUUUCUGAAUCGCGAUUCGUAAUCUCACCUUCACAAACCUCUCUCUGGAUCAGACUUAUAGCAUAAAGUUGUUUACUUUCCCUCGCCAGAUUCUCUCUUCCCUAGUAUAAAGCAGGAACCUUUUUUUUUUUGAGUGAGAGGGUUUUGUCUGAUUCCUAUAAAGCUCAAGCCUUUAGGGGGAGUUAGAAAGGGUUUUUAUCGCCGAUCAUGGAUUCAGAGGAUGAUAUGCUCGGUGCCAAUGAUAUGGAAUCUGGAGAGGAUGAUUUUUACAGCGGUGGUGGGUCAGAUGAUUACAAUGAUAGUGAUGGUGAUGAUGAGCCUGAUUAUGGGUUUGUUGAGGAAGACGUGGAUGACUCCGUCUUGAUCGCCUCGCAUCGCUCUCAGAUAAAUUAUGUUGUUCUCAAGGAAGAAGAUAUCCGCAAGCUUCAGAUGGAUGAUAUUGGAAGAGUUUCUAUGGUCCUCUCCAUAACAGAGGCCGAAGCUAGCAUUUUGCUUCUUCACUAUCACUGGAGUGUAAGUAAAGUUCAUGAUGAAUGGUUUGCGGAUGAGGAGAGAGUUCGGAAAGCUGUUGGCAUAUUGGAGAGACCUGUUGUUUCAACCCCUGAUGGCGGAGAAGUUACAUGUGGAAUAUGCUUUGAAUCAUUUCUUCCUGAAGAAAUUCUAUCGCUUUCUUGUGCUCAUCCUUUCUGCUCUACAUGCUGGACUGGUUAUAUCAGCACAACCAUCAAUGAUGGGCCAGGAUGCUUGAUGCUAAAGUGUCCCGAGCCUUCUUGUCCUGCUGCUGUUGGUCAAGAUAUGUUUGAGAAGUUCGCUUCUAAGGAAGAUAAAGAGAAGUACUAUAAAUAUUUUCUUAGGUCUUAUAUUGAAGACAACAGAAAGAUGAAGUGGUGUCCUGCCCCAGGAUGUGAGAAUGCAAUUGAGUUUGCUGCCGGGACUAGCAAUUAUGAUGUUUCCUGCUUGUGCUCACGGAGCUUUUGCUGGAAUUGUACUGAAGAGGCUCACCGUCCUGUGGAUUGUCACACAGUAGCACUAUGGAUACGCAAGAACAGCGCUGAAUCUGAAAAUAUGAACUGGAUACUUGCAAAUUCAAAGCCUUGCCCGAAGUGUCAGCGGCCAAUUGAAAAGAACCAUGGAUGCAUGCACAUGACAUGCACACCCCCUUGUAAAUAUGAGUUUUGUUGGCUUUGCCUUAAUGCAUGGACAACUCAUGGGGAAAGAACUGGUGGGUUUUAUGCCUGCAACCGGUAUGAGUCGGCUAAGCAAGAAGGACUUUAUGAUGAGGCUGAAAAGAGGAGAGAGAUGGCAAAAAAUUCACUCGAGAGAUACACUCAUUAUUAUGAACGCUGGGCAAGCAAUCAGACGUCGAGGCAAAAAGCUUUGGAAGAUCUGCAGAAAACACGAUUGGAAAAGCUUGAGAAGCUUAGUGACAUACAAUGCACUCCAGAAUCUCAGUUGAAGUUCAUCACAGAAGCGUGGCUUCAGAUCAUUGAAUGCAGACGGGUACUGAAAUGGACAUAUGCAUAUGGAUACUAUCUACCUGAUCAUGAUAAGAAACAAUUUUUCGAGUAUCUGCAAGGGGAAGCUGAGUCAGGUUUGGAGAGGCUCCACAAAUGCGUAGAGAAGGAAUUGGAGGUGUUUCUGAAUGCUGACGGCCCUUCAGAUGACUUCAAUCAUUUCCGGACUAAAUUAACUGGUUUGACCAGCAUAACGAAAACCUACUUUGAAAAUCUGGUGAAAGCUCUGGAGAAUGGUCUUGCUGAUGUGGAUACUACGCAAGGGGGUAGCAGCAAAUCAACAAACUCUAAAUCUAGCAAGACAAAAGGCGGUGUGAAAGGUAAAGGAAGCUCCAAAAAUGGCUAAAACUCUGAUGGAAACUGAGAUCUCUCUCAGGUCUCUCUGUGCCACCAUCUCAUUAAGAAGCUAUUCACUUGGAAGUAAAAGUUAGUUAAGCUAAACUGGAGAAAUGUUUGCAGUAUUUUUAUAUUAGCCUCCUCUUGGAUUUGAAGGCACACCAUUGCACACACAAAUGAACUGUGUCUUAUGUGGGACAAGUGUCCGUAAGAGUUUGUAAUAGUUGUAUAGUAUAAAAGAAUAUUCAAUGCAAUGCCUAUGAGCACCAACUGUCGCCUUGGUUUGUGAAGAAGAAUUGUUACCUAUCUCCUUUGUAUUAGUCUCUUCAAAAGUACCUCAAGAAAUUUCAAAAUCUGCUAUUUUUUUGUGGGUUGGUUUAAAUAAUAAUAUUUU